AUGGCAGCCCCAGAGGAUAACAAAGACGCAGCAACUACCAGUAGUUCGGCUGAUACUAAUAAACGAAAGCCAAAGUAUCCUAAUGGGACCAAAGUGCGAAAGCACUUUCCGGACUAUGGAUGGUUCCGAGGCAAGGUGGUAGAUUGCCGUGGAGAACUCUAUUGUAUCGUAUACGAAGAUGGUGACGAAGAAGAUCUGUCAGAGGCAGAGCUAGAGCAAGUUUUAGAUAUUGACAAAUCUUUGAGACAGCAGCCUACCAAUUCGCAACAACCGCAGGACCAACCAUCUACUGCAGAGAGACUAUGGCUGGAUAAGUUUAGUCAGAUCCUCAGUUUCAAAGAAAAACAUGGACAUGUGCAAAUCCCAGCUUCGGGUCUUCAUCGCGAAUUGCAACUGUGGGUCCAAAAUCAGCUCAUGGCACACAUCAACAGUGCGUUGACCCCGCAACAGCAAGCUUCCAUGAGAGAUAUUGGAUUGCUUCAAGAAUUUCCACACGGGUCUGUCAAAGACAAAAAGAAUUCAGCAACCGCUAUUGCCAAUGGCAGUUCCACCAAAAAAGUCCGUGACCCGUUGUGCAGAGUGGACGACCCUACACCAUCUACAGCUCCUUCUGCCCAGAUUUCCAGGACAGCCGUGGGAGUUGGAAAUUAUUCUGCCACUGCUGUCCACAUGGCAACAACUCCACUUGCCACCGGUCAAAAUACUGCCGCCCUUGCGGUUGUAGCCGCGGCAGAACACGUAUCUCGAACAAUGGCAGUGCCAGCAACAGAGACCGCCAAGACGACACGCACAUCCGAGGUUGCUAGACACGUUCCUUCUGCAGCCACCAAACCAAUAGACCAGUCUGCUUCUUCCCAGCAAGACAGACCUGAGCGUGUCGCUACGGAGGCGGUGCAAAAAUGUCAGGCCCACCAAAAUAAUGAAAGCACUGGCAUCAAUCGUCGUACCCAUCAUCACAGCGCUCAGCAACAGUCACAGCAGCAGAAGCAGGAAACACAACAGAAAUCAAUGAGAAUGGAAAAUGACAAAAACAAGCAACUGCAGAAUGAAGUGCCAAUUGUCAAUGGUUGCAAGAAGGUCAACGAUGGCCAAGGCCUACUACAGACGAAACCACAGGAUCAGCCACAAGAGCUCAAACGACAACAAGCAGGGGCUGGGUCCACGAACAAUGACAUUCCUCACAGUAAUCAACAGAAUGUCACGCACAACCAACAACGCCAGCCUUUGUUGCCACGACAAGGCUCCACCAAUGCAAUUGCCAGCAAUAAUACACACAAUUGCUCCAGCAACAACAACAAACAAGUCCAACCGAUAUUGCCGCGACCAACGGAUCCAAGUUGUGUGAAUCUGCAACAGCAGGUUUUACUAGAUCAAGUAUGGAAACAACAACAGCUCAUGUCUCUAGGUGCAGUAUGGUGCAUGAACCAGACUUUUAAUGGCCAAGCCUGGCAGCAACAACAGCUACAACAACAGCUACAGCUACAACAACAGCUACAAUUCGGCUUCAAUAAUGGCGGAAGAAACAUCCAAAACCAGCAAAUUGGCACGGUCAAUCUGCAGCUGCAGCAAAAGCAACAACUUGCGCAGCAAUCGACUGAGGUGGUUGUCCAACGACUGACAGAGGUGGUGCAGCAACAAAAGCAGACCAUUCAAGAGCUUACGGGAAAACUACAUUCAAAAGAUCAGGGCAUGCAAGAGCUCACAGGAAAGAUUCAUUCACAAGAAAAGAUUAUCUCGCAACUUCAAGGCGAGGUGCAGCAACUGAGGGAGCAUGUCACAGGAAGCACCACACAAGGCGCAACAAGUGUCAUGCCUGGAUGCACUGCUAAGCAGAACCAUCAUCUGUUGAACAAGCGGACACAAGCAAAUGCCCUGCAAGCGCAACAGCAGCAAUACGGCAGUGUUGGUGGGGCCGGAGCCCCCCAAGGUGCAGCCAAGAAGCGCAAGGAAUGUAGCGACAGCGAGCCCUGUGUAUGCAAACGGCAGCAGUUUGAUUGGCAGGCCAAGUGUGCGGUGCAAGGUGCUGAAAAGGGCCAAGCCGACAAACCACCUGCAAAGAUGCAGGAAUCGUUACUUGACAAUGGUGGAAUAGUUCAGGCAGCAUACCGGUACGAGAUGGAAGGAAGAGUUGUCAUUUGA